UACAGUUCUCAUUGUAACAACCCACAGAAAGGUGGGAUAACUAUGCCAGCCACUGAAAAUGGAUCAUGUGCAAAAAGUUUCCCACAGAACUUUGGAAAGGUGAUGUGGUCUGUGAAUCAGCUCUAUCUUUUCCUGUACUGAAAAAAAUGCACAGGGUUGAAAGCUGAUUUUCAGAUGCUGAAAAUCAAUGUAAAUAUUUACAAACAAAAUUAAGAGAAUGCAAAGGUGUACAGAAGACGUUCUCAUGUGUCUUUGGCUUGAGGAUGAUCCCAUGUCAAGGCUUAUUGAUUCUUCUGUUUCUUGAAGCUGCCUUUGCAAGCCACUGUCCACACCACUGUACAUGCUCUCCACCAGGAAACAGUCCACUAAAACUGAACUGUAGCUUCAUGGGAAUGAUGGUGCUUCCACUUUUGCCAAGUCAAACACAAGAGUUGUACCUCCAAGGCAAUAAGCUAGCCACGAUACCUGCAGGAGCAUUUGACCAUCUUCAGGUGUUGAAGAUCAUCAAUCUAUCUAGGAAUCCAUGGCAUUGUGACUGUGGGAUUUUGUAUCUGAAAAACUGGUUGGAAGACCAAGAGGGAAGCUUAGCUUCUAAAGAUGUUAGGUGUUUUUCUCCUCCUGCACUUCGCAAAAAAAUGAUAUCUGAGCUCAAGAGGAACGAACUGCAGUUGUGCUUCACUUCCCGUACACUUUGUUCCGAUUUCUUGUUCAAUGAUGCAUUCAUCUUCUUUUUUAUUCUUAUUCUUUUUAUUAUCAACUGUUUCUUGAUAACAAAACGGACUAAGUUUAAAGUGGAUGUUUAUGACAAGAAUUUAUAACCAACCCCACCUCCCCCCACCCCAGACCCAAGAACACUGCCUGCUAUUUCUCAUCAACUGAAAAGAAGAACAGGGAAAAGAGUACCAAGCCAUUCAUCAUUGCUUGUGACUACUGUGCAUUAGGUUGCGGAACAAAGAGAAAGGUCAAACAAAUUAUUUCUGUUUAUCAUUAAAAGUGAAACGGUCAACUGAAAAGCAUGACUAUUUAGAUUGUUUGUUUUAAAGAACAGAAACUCAUUAAGAAUAUCUACAUGGAACCAAAACCAUAAUUUGCAGCUUCUAAGGUAAAACUGAAAUCAAAGAAUUAGUGUCUCAUUUUAAACAUACUUUUGAUUUUCAUAACGUGUUGGAAAUCAUCUGAUGAAAGCACCUCCCAUAUUUGUGUACUAUAAUUCAAGUCAAAGAUCAGGUGGACAAUUAUGGCAUUUGAUUAAUAAAUCAGUAUACUGAAUUAUUUAGCAUCUGUUGACCUGGAUUCUGUCCUGGUUGUGGUCAUUUUCAUUUAAUCCAUAAACAGUUUUUGGCAGACAGAGUCCAGAUGCUCCAGAUGCUGAUUAGUAUAUGCCACAAUUAGAAAUUCUUUAAAGACUUUCUGUUUACACUAAUGCAGUGAGUAGUAUACACAUCUGUCUAUGUUUGCUGCUGUUUUUGUUGUUAUUAAUAUAUCUAUCAACAACACAAAAAGCAGUUAGCAGCAGAUAUGAUUUCUUGGCAAGAUUGCAUGGGAAAACUUAUUAUCAAAGUGUAUUGGUUUACAGUAAUUGUCUUUUUCUGAAUUCAAUUCAGGAUCAUUGUACUGAUCUCAAAGACUCUAGUUUGAGAAAAUACUCUCUAUAUUUAACGCUUUGUACCAACCUACUUAUAGAUUAUGUGUCUUCCAGAUCACCCACAGAGAGAUGUUUGCAGUCAGGCGAAGAACAUUUUAGGAUUGUGCACCCUAUUCCUUUUCCAGGAAUACUCACUUGGUGUUUAUCUUGCAAUACAUGGAAAUAUUUCAUGAAUAUCUUUGUUUUAUUCUGCAUUUUUUAAAAUGUGCAAAUUCAUGUCUACUGAUGCUUAUUGUUCUCUAAUAUUUCUGCAACAACUGAUUGUUUUAAACUGUUUUUAACCAUCUGAAGGAGGAGGCAAGGGCAAACCACUUGUUACCAAGAAAACUGUGGGGAUUUAUCCAGGCACUUGCCAGGAGUCAACACCGCUUGAUGGCAAAUACACACAAAAAAGAAGAAUUUAAGUUAACUUUUAUCAGCCUGGUAUUUCCACAUUAAUUGGACUACUCCCAUCACCAUGGCCAAAAUAACUAUGGAUGAUGAGAACUGUAGCUCUACAUGAAUAUAAUUUUUUUGCAGUUUAGGAGAAAUCAUACAUUCAAGAAGCCUGCAAAACAUACAAAUAGAAAUUGCAAUAGUAAGAAUGAUUUUCACCAACAAAACCAGAGAAAAUAAUUUAAUAAAUUAUUUCCUUGGAUAAUAAGAAUUUUACCAUAAUGACUAUUAAAUAGUCAUAACAUUCAGAAAUAACAUUCUGAAUGUGUCAUACAAUACUCUUCUUCUCAUCAAAUAACAGUACUGAAAAAUUAGAAGAUGGUAUCAAUCAGUAUCACUCUGUAGAUGAUACUUUAGAAGGUCUGUUUAAAAAUGGGAUUCACACUCAGCAAAAUAACAAAAUUCAAACCCAAAGUUUCAAAUUAAAAGGGUUUGAAUCCUAAUGAGAAUCAAUCAAAAUACUGCCACAUAAAUCAUGAUAAAAGCUUAUCUAUCUACAUGAAUUGGAAUACAAUUCAUGGAAUUUACAAAGUAGACUGGUGAAAGCAUUUGAACUGAAUUGUUUCUGUUAGGAUGUCUGGCAAUUUCUCUCCCCACCCAUCACCUAAGGUUUUCAUCUGCUUUCCGCAAACAAGCAUUUCAGUAUAAAUGGAACUAAGAUGACCUAUCUUUCUGUAUAUUUUUAACUGCACGCUUUUAACAUAAUUGGUCAAAUGUAGCCUUCAUGUAUCACAUACAUUUCAUAAAUACACAUUUAAGUCUUUCUUUGAUUCUCCCACUGAAAUCAGUGGAAUUCAGCUGAUUGAUUUUACUUGGGAUGGGCUCCUCCUCUUAAAAAUAAAAAUGACUUAUUCUGAUCUCAGAAGCAUAAACAUAUAUAAUAUUUCCUGUAAAAGGGAUCUAGAUGCAAGCUGUACUACAAGAUGGAGUGAAUAUCCCUGUUUUGUGUAGAAAGAAGGAAUAAAGCUUGAGUGAAGCCUGGCAAAAAGAUUUCAG